AGAACCUUUCCUCCAUGAUCAAUUCAAUCAAUUCAGACCACAAUUCCUUCAGUUUACCGCAUCAGGAAUGUGUCAGAUUCUGAACGUCCAUGGAUUUUCUGAAUCGGCAGAUUCGAGGUUAUCGGCAUAUUCCAACCGAUUUCCAAGGGGCGCCUCACCUUACCGGCCAGCGAACAGCUGAACUUGGGCCAUGUUGGUACCGAUCUCAACCUGAAUCUGGCAAUGUCGCCAAUGUCCAACAGUCCAAUUGCUUCAACAUCUGAAAGACCACGACAGAAAGGGUGAAACCCUGGCACAGAUUUGCUAGUACUUACUAGUACUCCGACAUCUUCAAAACCGGCCUUCUGUGUUGUAGAAGGCUCUGCUGGAGUCCGGCCUCGAUAACGCAAACAAGUUCUUCCCGCGGCGAUGUUGGGUAUCUCACCGUCCAAGUUUUGUCACUUCGAGUUCUUGCGGGUCCUCGGCACAGCUCCCACGGGCGGGUGCGAUGCUGGAGAGUGUGUUGAGACGGCGGCCAAGAUCAGAAUCAACGAUGGCGAGAGCUGGUACCGGGCCUGGUCAGAGACGGCCAAAAGGGCAGAGGCCGCGGCCGAGCUUGCGACAAGGGAUGGAGACCGGGUAGCAGCGCGCUGGGCUUUUCUACGGGCAAGCAACUACUGGCGCUCCAGCGAACUCAUGCUGCGGAAACCCAUUCCUCAGCAAGAUCCCCGCCAACUCGAUAUCAUAUCCCGGUCAGUCGACAACUUCAAAAAGGCCUGCGCCAUCCUAGAUACCCCGGUUGAGUUCCUCGAGAUCCCCUUUGGCACCGACGGAGCGACUCUUCCCGCCUACCUCUUCCUGCCCAACAAGCCGCCCGAAGGAGACAAGUCCGGAAAGAUCCCCGUUCUUGUGCAGGUGCAAGGUUACGACACCACCAAGGAGGAGUUCUACCACUUCACCGUAGCGGGCGCCCUGCCGCGGGGCUACGCCGUGCUGACCUUUGAUGCGCCCGGGCAGGGCAUGGUAGUCCGUCGGAAGAAGCAUCGCCUCUUCCUGCGCGGCGAUUUCGAGGUGGUGGUGCGGGCCGUGCUGGACGCCCUGUGGGCUCACGCCGCCAAGUCGGCGGCCUGUAAGGACCUGGAUCUCGAACGGUUGGCGCUGCUGGGCAACUCGAUGGGGGCCUACUUCGCACUGCGCGGGGCCGCUCACGACGACCGCGUGAAGGCGUGUAUGGCCUCGGAUGGCUUCUACGACCUUGGCGCGGCGGCACGCGAGCGCAUACCGGGCUGGUUCCGCUACCUGAGCCGCGGCAUGGUCGACCGCAUCAUCGGUCUGGCCAUGCGCAUGUCCAGCUUCCAGGUUCAGUGGGAGUUGGCCCACGGUGUUUUUGCGUUUGGAGUGUCCUCGGUGUCCGGGGUGCUUGAGAAGUCGCAGGCCUUUACCCUGGACCGGCCCGACGGAACCUCCAUGCUGGCUGAUAUCAGGUGCCCCACGCUCGUGACGGACGCUCGUGACUCGGUUUUUCGCCUGGAUGCGCAAAAGAUUUAUGACAAUCUAACUCAGCUCAAGGACGGAGAAUCCAAGAAGAUGUGGAGUCCCAUUGGAGUCGGGCAAGGUUCGCUGCAGGCCAAGGUUGCUGCCUUCUCCCAUCUCCAUGCGUACAUGUUUGGAUGGCUAGACCGCGUUUUCGGUAUCGCGAGACCUGCGCUCAAUGUCGACAAAUGCAGCUAAGGUACCUGUUUGAAGUCAUGAACAAGACACCUACAUACAUGUAUAUCAACUUGGCGUUCGAGUUGUGAGUUCUAUGAUAUAUGUGUGUAAGCGGGUAUAAUACAGACCAUGAGGUACUUCCGUUCCCAGAAUAUAAACAAACGUCGUGUUCUCUACCAUGCUAGGUUUGACAUCCAUCACAAGACUGUAUGUGCAGUACUACGAAGUACGAAAUCAAG